GCUGCGUGAUUCGAUCAACGUGAAAGAGUUGGUGCUGCUCCUUAACGUUUCUCUUUUCCUUUUAUUUUACACCUCCGUUUUCUAUUCGUCCUACCCCUUCUCGUCUGUCCGUGACGACGCGUGGCACCUGGCAGCCGUGUGGUGGAAGUCGUGCUUCGUCGUCGACUAACAGGCUCUGACGCGCGCAUUGUCCGCUCAUCUAGCUAUUGCGAAGGAUAUAUAUGCAAACACAGUCGAGACAGCGGAGUCUCUUUGCCUGCAGCUCACUCGUCGUACCCUCGGGUGUGUCUACCGAGAUAAUACUCGGGCAUGAGCGCCGUUAAGGGAGCGACGCUGCGGCGGCAGCAGCGGCACCGCCACACCCCCGACGCCGCCCACGGCUGCGACACGCCCAUCCCCCUCGUCUUCCGCACGCACAACGACGGGUUGUCGAAGGCGGCGUUUCUGUUUUGUCCUAAAAACUUCAACCUCGUAAAUCCCACCACCGCCGCCGCCGCCGCAAGCCCCAACGCGGCCUCGCCGAACUCAACUAGCGGCAGCCCGGCAGGCGCCGCACGACAUGGCGCAGGCGUCCCCAACGCCUCUGGUGCAGGCAGCCCCAGCAACCCAAAGCGGUUUGCUGCGUCGACCUCUCCGGCGGCCACCACCGCCGCCGCCACCGCCACCGCUACCGCUGCUACUGCUGCUAGCGCCGCGCCAUCGGCGGAUGCGGAGAGCGUGCGGACGCUCGUGGAGGCCAUUGUGGAGCUGCGGCCCUUCUUUGCGCCGCCGCUGUUCAACAGCAGCACUAACAGCGGCAGUACGAUGAAUCUCUCGGCGCUCGUCUCUGGCAGCCCCCCCACGGCGAGCACCGCCCACCUCGACCAGAGCCCCUCCUUCAACUCCCUCAUGGUGCGUCCGUCGAGCAGCGCCUCGCUCGGCUUGGGCUCGUACGUAGAUUUGAUGUCCCUCUCCUCCUUUGCUUCCCCUACCGCGUACGGUGGUGGUGCAGGAGCGAAUGACAGUUUCAACUUCAGCGGCACCGUGACCAGCGCGGCCACCGGCCGCUACGAAGACCGGCCGCGCGCGGCCGGCUCCCCUCGUGCGGUGGGGUCUGCUGGGGGAGGUCAGAGGAUGCGGCCAGCAGCCCCGCACGCGGCAUACGCCGGUGGGCCGGGCAUGUUGGGUGGCUCUUCUGUUCACCACAAUGCCGGCAGCAGCAGCAGCGGUGGUGGUGGUGGUGGGGGAGCUGCUGGUGCUGGUGCUGGUGCGGCUGGCGGCAGCGGCGGUGUGGCCGGCGCAGCGCACACCGCCAUCGGCACCUCCGCCAGCUCUCUCAUGCACCCGUCCGGUGGCUGGAUUUGCCGCGCUAUGGCCUUCAACGAAAAGGAGGUGAGCCACGCCAACGGCGCCAUCAGCGUCAACCAAUCCCUCACCGCCAAGUGCGCCCUCAUCAACGAGGUGGCGAAGGGGAAAAUAAUGGCGCGCAUUCUCUCCUCCUACGAAGAGGUGCAGGAGCGCUACGGGCUCUCGCACGUGGAGCUGACGGUGGACAACCAGUACGUCAGUCGGUCCGACCUUUUCCUCCUCUCGCAGGCGCUGCGGGAGCGCAUCCUGUACGAAGGGGAGGAAAUACACCUCUGCGGUUUCCGCCUGCGUGUGCGGGAGAUGCUGCAGGUGGUGAGCAGCGGGAGCGGACCCUCACCGGUGUCGAGCAGCCCCGCCAUCCCCAUCUCGGCGCCGACAACCGGCGCUGGGUCGGGCAGCGGUGCGAGCCCCGCGAAUAUCGCGAACACACCAGCAAACAACACGGGCGGCACGUCGUCGUACGUGCGCGUGGGGUGCGGUCUCGUGCUACCAACCACCCGCAUCAACUUCCAGUCCCUGUCGCCGGUGCACUACAUCGUGGUGGAACUGGCACGCGAGAUGUGGGACACCACCAUUGACGGCCGCAUCGCGCUGACCUGGGCGCUCCGCAAGUUUCUCAGUGAGCUGCUGCUGAAGCAGCUGCCGAAGCGGAAGGCGUCCCCGCUGAUCCGCGUCGUUUUCACGGGCCGGUUGCAGAAGGAGUUCCAGUUCGACCGGCACGGCGACGUCUUUCAUGUGCUGGAGCUGCCGCGGGAGGCCCGCAACGUCGACGUCGUGGAGGAGGUCCGCAUGCACUGCGAGGCACUCGUCGACCGGGUGCUACGCGAGGUGCAGACGACCGCGUAUCACCAACUCGAGGCGGAGGUGGCGGCGUAUCGCGACGGCAGAGCGGGGCGUGGCGGUGGCGGCAGCGGUGAGCAGCAGCCCAGAGGCGGAGGCGGGGCUGCUGGGGGCUGGCGGGAGGGGGAGGGGGACAGCGGCGUGUACAGCUCCCCGACGACCACCUCUCCGGACAGGGACGCUGCGCUGGAGGCGUACGUGCGACAGCGUCAGACCUACAUCGACGCCAUCACGCCGAAGCGCCUCUUCGUCCACGCGAAGCAGUCGAACACGCUAGAGGCGCUAAGCAUCUUGGUGGAGCGCAGCAACCACCACUACAUCGACCGCCACCUCACCCUGUCUGGGCACGCCAUCACCGUCGUGUCGGCCGGCAAAGGCUUCUACCAGGUCACGAACAGCCUCGUGCAGAUUGUGUGCGCCCGACUGCAUGACAUGGGCCUGGAGAAGGUGCACGUGGUGUGUAUCGGCCGCCCGCCCUUGCACGUCACCCCACUCCUCGAGUACACGGCGGACGACGACACGCUGCGCUCGCAGUAUCACCUGCACAGCCGCGCCCUCUCCAGCACCGGCGCCGCCCGCGGCGGGGCACACGCGCCGUCGACGGCGGUGGAGCGCUACUACGAGACCCCGGAGUGGAUCUCCGUCUUUUUCUUCCACUCCGCCUUGAGCAACAACGGCGGCGAGACGGUGUUUGAGCUGCUGCCGAAGGAGCACUGGCAGCGGGAGCAUCCGGUCAUGUCCAUCGCGGACAUGAUGUGGCAGCCACAGGAGCUACGAUCCUCCCCCACACCAGCUUCACUGCAACAGCAGCAGCAGCAGCAGCUAAGAUCAUCACCCAACAGCGGAGGCGCGUCAGCGGGGAGUGCGGGAAAAACACUGCUGGGCACGGCCCAGGCAGGUGGUGGCCGCCACAGCGAUUACGUGAAGGGUGGCGAGGAGGACGGCCAUUACGCCACUUCCAACGCCGCGGCGCGACAGCGCGGUGACCUCGACGAGCCAGCGCCGGCCGCUGCGGAGGGCGGUCCGGGCUGCGAGCCGGUUGGCCACGGCGGCGGCGUGGAGGACGUGGCGUCGGCGCACCACGUUUCCGCCGACGCCGCGGCAAACCCGCCGCUGCUCAUACCCGGUCUCGGGCUGCGCUUCUACCCCCUUGCCGAUGUGACGCUACCCGUGGCGACCGCUGCGGCCGCGUCGGCGGACUUUUCAGUCGAUCGAUGGGAGAGCAAGUCGGCUAUGUGUGCGGACGACGGCAAUGCGACGAGUGCCGCGGCGACCGCCGUUUCACCGACGUGGGCCUCCCGCUCCUACUUUCCGGAUGUGCUGGAGGUGUCCGCGACGGCCAGCCACGGCACGGACCUCCUCCCCUCCCUCGCCUCGCCAGCCAGCCAUCACGCCUCUCUCGGGCCGCGCACGAAAACGUCCACGACAGCCGGGCGCGCCUCACCCGUCUUCGCAGCCGGCGGGGCGGCGAGCAGCCCGCUCCUCGUGCGCACCACCACCGCGAGCAGCAGCGUCUUCACCUCACCGAACGUGCCGAUGCGAGGGUCGAUGCCGCGUGCCGGCGCACCCGCCAUGGCGGCCGCGUGGCGAGAGCACCACCACACCCUGCACGGCCUCCACAGCAGCCUCAACGCCUCCCAGCCCCACCUCGCCUACCCACCGCACCCCGCCUUCGCCGGCGCCUUUCCUCCGCUGCUGCAGCCGUCCUCCACGUCCCCGCAGCGGCGCGGCAGCGGCGAUGGACCUCGCAGGGAUGCUGAGGUGGGCACCGGAGGAUCGGCCCAGCGCCGUGUGCGUGGCGGCGGCAGCGUAGGGGCGACAACUACAGCCGCAGUACGCAUGCCUCCGUACCCGUCGAGCUCCUCCAUCGCCGUCUCGGCCAGCGGUGCAGGCGACGGCCGCCGCCACAGUCAGCCGAACAGCCUCACCUCGUACACCAUGAUGAGUCACCCCUCGCUACACAUCAGCCGCUCCUUUGACUACCAAACCACCGCCAACCCGACCUACCACUCCCUCGGCGCCUUCGAGCGCUCCGUGCGCAGCGCCGGGUCGUCGCUGACGGGGCGGCACCACCACCACAACUCCUCCCCCUCCUCGCACCUGCAGCCACGAUCCCUCCUGUGCAGGGAGGGCAGCGUCGCGAAGUCUAGCGGGAACUCGAUUUGUGGACGUCCGCCCGCAAGCGGCGCGGCAGCGGCGGCGGCAGCAGCAGCCGUGAAUGAGUCCGGCGCAGGCCUGCAGUCUCUCGAGGGCGGCGGCGGCGUGGGCGGGGCCCCGCUGCGGCGUGCGCGUGGUACUGCCUACACGCCGCGAAGCUGA